AUGUUUAUCAAGUCUCUCAAUGUUUGCAAAGUUCCGCAGUUCGCACUCCUCACGGCACUCGCCGUCGUGGGACUCUUCGCGCGACUCGCGCGGCCCCUGUCGCUCAACUCCGUCGCCAAACUCUGUCCCCGAACUCCGUCGCCCAGUCAAACUCCGCGUCACGCCACUCUCAGGGGGUCUCUCACGCUCUUCGUCGCUGUCACACUUCCCUUCGCUGCUGCUGCACCCGAGGCACUCUCACCACUCUCGGGGUACCCUCGCCGCCCCAAGAACUCAUACGCCCAAAAACCGUUGCGGAGACCGGCGUCCCAGCUUAAGUACCCAGGGGCGUCCUUCUCGAAGGGACGAGAGGGGCUGUUGACGAGUCGCAUCAUCCCAGGCCGACCCGACGCCCGAACAGUCGAUAAGGGCGUCGUUAGCUCACGCGACGGCCCGUGGAAUUUGCAAGGCCGCUCAGCGAUAGCUACGGUGCCGAGGCAGAGGACGAUGCGCGGGGAACGGAGGAUUCGCCUGGUCGAGUCUGUCCACCUCGGACAUGAGGUGAAGCCGGUUGUCCAAAUCACGCUCUCUGGACGGGUUCGCCAGGGACUCGCCAUGGCAGACACGGACGGGUUCCUGCCGAGGCUAGUGCGGCGGCUCGCUCGCUCUCUGCUGCAAGUGGAGCUGACUGUCGGUAGAGUGGCGCUCGCAAGCCUCUCCGUGCAUCACGUCCGCGUCUCCAAGCCGGGUCUCUUCUCGCUGGUAGAGUGCUCGCUCGGCGUCACUGGUGCCACUGAUCCGUGCGUGAUCAGGUCCACGUCACGUGUUCACAGGCGGCUGCCUCGUAUCGCCUUCUCUCCAGGCCGCAUGAUUCACGUGGAGGAGGCGCGACUCCGCGGAUGGCUGCUCGGCGGGCAGGCGCCCGGCUGGCUGGGGCUGGACGUCCACGGCGCGCGCGCGACCCUCGCCGUGCCGCGAUCCACGCGCGACCACGUGACCGGCGCCGCGUGUCCGCUCCGCCACCUGCUGCAGCUCGCUCAGUUGGCGGGCCUGCGGCUGCACGGGGUGGUGGCGACCCUGGCGUGGCGCGGCGCGACGCUGCAGCUGGGCGCGGCCGAGGUGCGCGCGAGUGGCAGCACUGCGCCACGAGCGGCGGGCCUACGAGUCCGCGGUGGGUUGGCAGCUCUGCGACGACGCGACAAGUGCGAGCCCGCGCUAUCGGCCUGGACGUCGCAGCUGGCGGUCGACGCGAUCUUCGGAGACGCCAACUCCGUCGAGCUGACAAGCGUCGCCGCGGACAACUGUACCACUGUCGUCGCUGCGGAGGAGCUGAGCUUGUUGUCAGCCGGGAGUCUCCUAGAGACAGAGACUGGAGGGAUGUCGCUUGUGCCUCCCAGGGAUGUUACCCUGGACAUUGAAAUGAUCACGUUUGGGCCAACUUCUCCAAAGAAAUGUUUUCUGAACUGUAAAAUGUUGAAGCCCAGUGAUAUUCUGAAGAAAGACGAUGGUAACUUGUGCAUCAGUGUGCAAAACUUCGGAUUGAUAGCGAUUUCCGUGCCAUUGCCGAGGAUAAAGCAGACCAACAUCAGGACUGUAGGUGUCGUCUCCUCUGAAGUGAACGUCGGUAGACUAAGUGUCGCUUACAAACAGAAGUGCAUUUUGUGGCUUAAGAAUUUUAGCUCUAAAACUAAGCUGUACACCGACACCAUCAUGACGACAUCUGCAGCGGAGAAGCUGCACGCGAUGUACGACCACAUCGCUGUGUACCAGUUGAUGUCCAGCAUCCUCGUCAACUAUCACGAUUCUGACUGCGCCUCAGACAGCCACAGUGGCUCAAACAAACUGUUUGUCACAUGUGCAUCUUGGAUGAGGAGAAAAUAUGAAGACCACACUGCAAAAGUGAAAGAUUUGUGUGUUGUGUUCCGUCCAUCAGAGGACGACGCGAGCUUCACUUGUCGAUUUGAUGAUGCCAACAUUCAAUUCGUGGCUAAACCUCGCCUUUCUUCCCAAGAUUGCAGCCGAUGCACCAGAUGGGAGGUGGCGCUGGGCUACCUCCGCCUGUACAGCAGUGAUGAUGUUCGCGCGGCAUGCGGGAGAAGGAGUACCGCCUCCUCAGAGGCCAGGCAUCAGCUGGAGCAGGCGCGGGGCGAGGAGCAGUUGUCUGUGGUGGUCGGCAGCCUGUGCGCGGAGUGGAGUCCCCGCGUCGCCAGAUGCCUCGCGCAGUGCGUCAGGUGCAUGGUUGAUUACCGGAGCCUGUGUUCAACUGAAUUGGAUUCUUCUAGUUCAGACAAGCCUGAUACCAACUUUAAUUAUUCCACUUGUACUGCUCGCAAAAUGGAAGGCAUAAAUGUGUGCUUUUUGUUGAGGAUGGAUUCAAUGAUAGUCAGCGCUUCCUCAGUACAACUGGUAGUGGUUUCGAAGGAAACUGUAUUGUCAUACUUAUCUCAAAGGAUAUGUUCAUCCAGCCCCUCUACUGAUUCUGAAGAACAGCAGAUGGUACUGGCAAAAUAUGGCCGGGUGGUUCACGAGCGAACAAGUGGUAUCACUGCGCUCCACCUACUGGGCAAUAACAGCUGCAGUUGGUCGACUGGCGUGCACCGUAGCUUCAUGGCUGUGUCAAAUACUUUCGCAGUAGACGGUGAUUUGCUGAAAGAAUCUUCUAUGGCUUGGCUGUCCAAAUUUCAAGUACAGGCAACAGGAAUAGUUCACUUCACCAUUGGCGUUUCUCCAAGCCAUACUAUUAAACUAUCGUCAGAUGAACUUUCCAUCUCCGGGAGCCAGCUACUUUGUAGGAUGCGAUCAAAGAGAGUUAGCGUUGCUGUUGACGACGUGGAAUUGGCCAAUGUAGAUAAGCUAAUGGUCUACAAAUCCAGCAGCGAUGAAGAAAUGGUUGCAGAGAGACUGAGUUGUGAAAACUUUCUGCUGCCCCGGAACUCUGCGUGGUGUGUAACUGCAGAGUCAAUUAAAGUCUGCUUCCCACACGAGCAAAGCUUUGCAGAAGUAGUUCAUGAAGAUCUACGAAAUGUGAUACUGUGGUUAAAGCAGCUUCACAUGAAAGAGAAACCGGUCGGCUGCCAAGACAGUGCUUUGGCCUUGGAUGUUAACUUUAAGGUGAAGCGGUUUGUGUGGGAGAUGGCGGAAGAGCCGUUCGAGGCCCGCCUGCUUGACAACUACAUGCUUCUGAAGGAUGAGCAGGAGGAAUGCUCGCAGCGCUUUGGCUUGCUCGAGGCGCGCAUCAAGGAGGUGCGAGCAGCGGGCACCGCCCUAUCCGCGGGGCAGGUCGAGGAACUCUUCCGCAAGCUGAGCCAGAAGAACGCAGAAAUAUACAUCAAGCGCUCCAGGCUGAUGAAGGACAACCCUGCAGUCAAGAGAUCCAUAGUCGUCUGUUUCAUCAGGGACUUGUCGCUGAUGUUACUGGCCGACCCGUCGCAGCAUGGUGCAAGUAACAUAACUCGCAUCAUGAAGGAUAUGGACCCCAAAAGCCCGUGGCCCACGGAAGAACCGCUCUUCUCCGUGCUGUGGUGCCGCUCGGUGUCUGCAGGCUGCGCGGACCUCCAACUGCGGCUGAGGGACUUCCCCAGUCCGCUGUGCCACGCGGUGGGGUGGUCCAUGUGGGGGCGCUUGGUAGGCGCCCAGCGAGCGGCAACACGCACAGCCGAGAGGUGCGUGGUGGUCAGCCUGGCCCCUCCGUGGCCUGAUGAACACCUGUUUAGAAACAUGCACCCUGUGAAACUGUACCAUGAUCUGUGCUGCGAGGUACAGUUUGCCGAGGUGUGUUGGGGGCCCAGCCUGGCUCCUGUAGUUUCACAGUGCAUCCUCGAUUUGGAGAAGCUCCUGCCACAUUCACGGGACCCCAGCCGGCUGCUGCGCUGCUGGGACAAGCUCCGUCUGCUAGCCCACGGGCAGCUGACGGUGGUCUGCAAUGACCUCACAGUGAUGCUCCCAUCCUCGCCGGUACCUCGUGACGUUGUGGACGGGCUACAGAUCCAUGUGACCACCUUCGCCAUCGACCUCUCAGACGGCCGGGCAGUGUGCGAGGGGGCAGUGGUCGCCGAUGUGUGCACCCUGACCGGCCACGACUCGCACACCCUGCUACAGCUGGGCUCAGCGAGGGCGAGCAUCGGCCUGCUGUGGGGCUGCUCCGGGGACGCUCGCGACCACCAUGCUGUCCUCCCGUGCGCUCCGGACAAGCUGCCCGGCCGCCCCCACGCCCUGGUGAGCCAGCCAGCCAUCUUCCACACUCGUUAUAAGGAACACGACUCUUUCAGAGAAUUCCGCUCCCAGCACUUGGACUUGAGGGUGAUGGUGAGGUUGAAGCCAGCGGGUUGUCAUGCCUGUGCCACGGUUCUGGUGUACAGCCAGACGCUUGGGUGGUUGAAGAAGUGGAGUGAAGCUUUCACUGCAGUUAUUCGUCCCGUGAGACGAGGCGCAGUCUUCCAUAAUCCCGGUGCGUGCAAGACCUCGUUGUUCCGUCACUUGCACAAUGUGAAACUCGUAUUUGAAACGCCUGUGUUCGAGCUACAGUACUGGACGUCGUUUGCCAAGCAGGAUGGUUUCACGGUCAUUGGAGGACCAGUCUUGUUGCGCUGUGAGUACAGCGUGGCGCUCCGGCUGCCCCAGGACGGACUGAGGCGCAGGCCCAGCCAAGUGUGGAACCCCCGUCACGCGACGUGCGACCUCAGCCAGGUCUCCUUCACGCUUGGUGGCGCUGAUCGCAACCCACGAGGCGCCUGCUCGGGGCGAGCGACGCCGAGGGAUUCCUUGGUGCGAGUGUCGGCCGUGCGGUACGCGCUGGCGUCGACCCUCAGCUGGCGCUCCGGCGGCGUCCAGGAGGACAGCCGCCGGCCGAGGCACCGGCUGGCACUGCUAGGCCUCCGGGCGGCAUGGAACAGGAGCAACAGGGAUGGCGUGUUCGCCGUAAUCGCAGCCUACACAGAUGCCCAGAUACUGCAGAGGAACCUGUCCAGCAACCUGGUGCACAUCUCCACGCCGUCUCAGAAUGCUGGCCGUGUAACCAAGAGCCCGUCCACCUCCCCUCACAAUGAUUCAUGGGGCGUGCAGAUGCCGGCCAUGCUGAGACAACUGCUGCGCGAGCUGCACAGCAAGCCGAUGGCACACUGCGAGGCUGCGUGCGAGACCGAGCCGGUGGUAGGACCGGGCCCACGCGGCCCCAAUGCUGGCAGGCGGGACGACGUCAUCUCUAUCAACUUUCUGCUUACCUUCGCGGACAGCCAGGUUUUGCUGAAGGGCUGCGAGGCUCCGGGCUUCGUCGUGGUGAGUGCGACUACAGCAGAGCUCUCACAGCGUGCGCACACCCCUGUGCGGCGACAUGCCGGGCUUGUGUCCAAAACCAUGUGGGUCGCCCGGGUUGAUGACAUGCGGUGCCAUGCCACCACAGCUGAGGACGGCCGCUUCCUGCCAGAUGAAGUGGUGUGGCUGGACACGGGAAUCUCUGAGGAGUUGUACGACAGCGGCAUGGGCCGCCCCGAAGACACGCCUGCAGGGGCGGCCUUCACCAUAGGUGUGUGCUGCGGUGGUUCUCCGCACUACUCCUCCGUGCAGUUGCAGUGCGUAGUGUCUCGCUGCAGCUGCGAGCUGGCGUACAUGCAGUACAGCCAGGAGGUGAUCGACCCGUCAACUCUGAGUGACGUUCCCCUCGCGCUCAGCGACGAUGAGGUCGGGCUGGCCGAGGACUGCGAGGACGUAGCGAACGUCCUCACCUUCACCCACGAAGACCUCGACAUCUGCACCAACGCUCAUCAGUGCGCCGCAGUGCUGGACGUGGUGAGGACACUCUUGCUGCACGUGGACCCUGGCCGGAGGCGCACGUGCGACCUCCUGCAGAGGAUGAGGUUCCGCUGGCAACUGCUGAGCGGCGAGGACCCCCGCCGGCCUCUGCUCGAGCUGCAGCUGCAUCUCAGAAGUUUGUAUUCAAAUCUUCAACGUCUCAAGAAGGUGUAUUAUGAUGUGCAAAAGUCUCUCACAUAUGAUCCAGACAAUGAAGACUUCAUGCAAGAAUUAGAGGAUUUAGAACUGAGGGUGGCCGAGUACGAGAAGUUGGUGCGCAUGCAGAGCGAAGAACUGCACGCAAUGCUUGUGUGCUGCAAUGAAGCGCAGGCGUCUGUGCAGAGGCGGCUGGCGCACAUGCCUUUCUCUGUGGUGCGCCGCAACGAGGUCUCCCUCAAGCACGUGCGCUGGCAGCUCACGGAUGCUGCUGGCCAGCACGGCAUUGCCAACUGCAUCCUCUGGAACACACUGUAUGCCAACACGGUCUGCAGCGACGGCUCCGGGGAGCAUGCACUGGAGGUGGAGUACUUGUCGGUCGAGAACCUGCUGCCUGGUGAGCCGUACCAGAAAGUGCUGUGUCCCACGCAGAUAGAUGCCAGCAUGCCCGUGGACAGGAAGUUGUCUUUGAGAGUUAUCUGCAGAGAGAAGUGUCCAGUUGGUGGUAUAUCCAUCAUAGAACACUUUGAGAUCAAUGUGGCGCCCCUCACGAUUGGUUUAACUAAGAAGUUCUUUUACACAAUUCUGAGGUUCUUUUUCCCUGAGGGACAACUCCAUGCUCGCAGAAAUGAGGCAGUCAGUAGAAACAAGAAGGAUGUGAGGUCGCGUGGGAAGUUUUACAUUGACAUCGACAGUAAUGUGGAGAAAAUGAAGACGCGGGCGUUGCGCAACAAGCUGUUCGUGUACACGAAGCUGACGGCGGUGCCCGUGCGGUUGAGCUACCGCGGCCGCACCAAGGUUGAGGAAGUGAGAGACCUGCGUCUGGCGGUGCCGACCUUGCAGUACCACAGCAUGACCUGGACGUGGCUGGACCUGCUGCUGGCUGUCAGGAGCGACUGCCAGCGCCUCGUCUUCUCCCAGACAAUCAAGCAGAAGUUAAAAAUAAGGAGACAUCGCAACUCUCCUGACGUAUCUGAUGCUGAACGUGAAGAGACGGAGGCAAUGGAGUUAUUGCAUGGUCACAGACCUGACACAUUAUGACUGACAGGAAUUUUGAAGCCGAAGUUACCAAUGUCACCAUAUCUUUUUUCUCUUUUACCCCAACUAUGAAAAUGUUCUCUAAGAAUACUUGUCCAGUGGUUUAUCAUUGAGUUUUAUGGACUUAUUUCCCUCCUUGAAAUUUCUUGUGUGUUUACCAAAUUACUUUUUAACAUUAACUACCAUCGGCUUGUGUUUCUAUACACAUGUAUAUUACUUGUCAUUCUUUGAUUUCUAUCACAAACAAAUGUUCACAAAUAAAGUUCAGCAAUAUUUUUCACCUAAA